CACCGUACGGACGAUCGCCAGUCAUCAAUCGGUUAUCUGUCAUUCUCUUCUUGUACCACCGUUUAUACAGAUUUUUCGUUCAAUCCGGUAGUCAACUUGUCAAUUUCUUUUUUUUUAUCGAAAGUGUCUGUUUGAAAAUACACUGACUAAAUUUAUUAGAAGUGGUCGAUAUUAACGAGAACGAAGUAACGUAAAAGCGAAGCAGACGUGAAUAUCUGUCUGCUUAAAAACUGCGGAUUUUGCCAUGACGACAGAAGAGAAGUUUCACGCGGCUGUUAAUGUGAUCAGAAGUCUGCCAAAAAAUGGAGUAUAUCAACCUAGCAAUGAAAUUAUGCUACGUUUUUAUGCAUACUAUAAACAAGCAACAGAGGGGCCAUGUCAACAGCCAAAACCUGCUUUCUGGGAAGUGGUAAAGAAGGCAAAGUGGGAUGCUUGGACACGUUUGGGCAAUAUGAGUAAAACAGAAGCUAUGAAUAAUUAUGUGGAAGAAUUAAAAAAGAUCAUAGAGACAAUGUCUUAUACCGACAAGGUAGCUAAUUUCUUGGGCAGUUUAGACACAUUUUAUGAAAGUGUUCCAGCAGAGGAUUUGGAAUUACUUGUUGGGCCUGUUUUAGAACGUAUACGUUCACAACCUGGCUCACCAUUAUCUAGUUCACCUUUGGCAUCUAGAGAAACAUCGCCACACAGAGUUUGUAACAUGACUCGACACAUUGCAAGUAGUUUAGAAACUAGCCCGGCUAGUAGCAAUAGUGCGAGUCCAUUACCACCGGAUACUGAUGGCGAGGAAGAAGAAUUUAUAGAUACUGUUGAAUCUGCACCAGAACGGUCGCAGAAGGAUAUAAUAACAACUGCCUCUUCUUCUCAAAAAAUAUCUAAUGGCUUCAGUGUUACUAAUGAUAAAAUUAGCGAACUAGUUGUCUUGAAGGAGAAUCCUUCAGAAUUAACUAACGGAUAUGCCAACAUAAAUAGCUAUACAGAAACAGUAAUAGACAGUAAACAAGAAAGAGGUCGACAACGGGUCAAGAAAGAUGAAAAAUCCAAUGCAGAGUUUUUUAAUCAAAUAGCUACAACUAUGCAAAAUUUACAACGAGACUUGGAUAGAAUAACAGCUAGAGUACGCAGUUUAGAAGGUCGAGCAUUACAAGCAUUAGCACCGCCAAUAAAACAGCCUACAACAACUGUGUAUCCAAAAUGGUGGCCUUUACCAGAAUGUUCACCGCGAUUAUUUACCAUAUUAAUUUUGUGGCCGUUUAUAGCACAAUUUUUAAUUUCUCUUAGACAACGUUAUCGUCAGCGGAGAUUGAUUUAAAUAUUAUUGUUGUCUUGUUCAAAGUAUAUUCCAUUACUUAUUGUUAGAUAACAUUGGAUGCAAACAACACAGAGACAUUUAGGUAUUGGUACAUAAUUUUUUUUUUUAAUAUGCCCCAAACCUAAAUUUUUACAGUUUAACCCCUUAAGCGGCCCACAAAUUUGAUUAUAUACCACUUACUAAAUACACACCACCAUUACAUAACAAAUUUUACAAAUACAGAGACACUCAUUUGCUCGAACUUUUCUUUCCGAAUACUUUUUCUAAACUGAAUUCGAAAGUUCAAGCUUAAUCACUUAGAUGGUUUACUGUUAUGUAUUUAUAAAACACGACCGAGAGUUUUGAUGGCUCUUCAUUAGAAUUUUCCUUCUGUAUCUUGAAACUAUUUGAAAAUAUAAAGAACAUGCUCGCAUCAUAACGCAAAAUAAUUAUAAUAAGAAACGUGCAAAAAUGUUCAAUUUAUAACCCUGUACGUGGACGCCUAAGAGGUUAAAUUGGCAAAAGAUGAAAAAUGUGAUCCCUCUUUUAUAUAAAAAAAACGAUUAUAGUACAGUGGUUAAUCAUGUAAAAUUUUUAAAUUCUAUGAAUUGCUUAUAUACACCUGUAUAGCACACGCAAAAAGAUGUAUUUAUUUUAAAAAUUAAAAAGAUUUGGAAACAAGUUUGAUUGCUCUCUGUAUAUUUAUAUGAUAAAAACAGGUGAAUUAAUCUGGUGUCUAAGGUGACUUAUAUGUAUGUAUUAUAAAUAGUUGUAUGUAUUCAUAUAUUGUAAUAUAGAAACGAAGAUUAUAUACGAAUUUUAUAUUGCGAAUUCUGGUUAACGGCGUAAAAUAGAUUACAACGUGCAAACUCUUUUAUAAAAACAUUGUAAUGUAGGAUGGUACUGUUAUCAUUCCCAAUUAUACAAUGAAAUCCUUCUUCCGACUUCUUUUUAUAUAAUUUUA